AUUCCCUCAUAGCAGACAUCCAAAAAAGAAUAACAGAGGCAUUUGAUAUGUUUGAUCACGAGUCUAAUAAAACGGUUGACGUGAGGGAAGUUGGUACAAUCAUUAGAUCUCUUGGAUGUUGUCCAAGUGAAGCUGAACUACAUGAUAUGUUAAACAUGAUAGAGGAAGAGGAACCCACAGGUUAUAUAAGAUUUGAAAAAUUUCUGCCAAUGAUGACAAAAGUACUCAUGGAAAGAAGGUACAAGCCAGUGCCAGAAGAUCAAUUACUGAAAGCAUUUCAAGUCCUUGAUAACGAGGGCAAAGGUUACCUCUCUCAGGAAGAACUUACCAAAUAUAUGACAGAGGAAGGUGAACCCUUUAAUCAAGAGGAGUUGGAAGAAAUGUUAUCUGCAGCAGUGGAUCCAGACAAAGGUUCUAUACAGUAUAAGGAAUAUGUUUCAAUCAUGAGCAUAGAAGAAACGUGAAAUUCACAUAAAAUCUUUUUUGUUUUAUCUAGUACAUAUUUUCAUAACAUAUUAAAUACCAUCAAAUAACAUUGAAGUAGGCCAUCUACAUCAGCCUUAAAUCUGUUGAACUUGUUGAAAAUACUAAUUUAAUUUAUAAACAACUGGAAUGCAGUCAGAAAUGUGUUAAAGGUCAUUUGAGAACAGAGGUCACCUUGCUGUGAAGAUUUGAUGAACCAUUGUGUAAAACAACCUGCAUUUCAGAUUUUAGGCUUUCCAGUAUGCGGUCAUUUUAUAUCUUGGUUUGAUUGUAAAUGCCAGUCAGUAUAUAGGUAUUGUUCAGUGAUGUUCUGUGAUAAAAGACUGGAGAAAAUAUUUGUCAUUUAUUAUGAUAUACUGUUAUCAUCCAGUCAUUCAUUUUAUUAUUUUAAACAAUUUGUUCUCCACUUGUAUUUGAUUAAAGAAUAUUUUCAUCCUCAAAGAA